GCCAGCUUUACUCGGCUAUGGUGCCAACAUAUUCAAGAUUGAACCCAACCCAUCAUAAACUAUUACCAAAAAUCAUAACUUUUCGUAAAAGGGUUGCUUCAUUGCUCAUUAUUUUCCAUUUUUGCUUUCUGGGUAGCACCAAAAUUCAUCAUCGAGAUUGAUUCAGAGUAAACAACCAUGUCGGUGGAUCCACGGCCUGUGCUGGUGUUUAUGUUCAUCAUCAGCACCUGCAUUCUGGUCAUCAAUGGUGACACAGAUCCAAAUGAUGCUGCUGCUCUAAAGAAUCUGUUUCAAAGUAUGAGCUCAGCAUCCCAGCUAAAUUGGCCUGCAAAUGGUAAUGAUCCUUGUGGACAGUCUUGGAAAGGCAUCACUUGCUCAGGCAACCGAGUUACAGAGAUUAAAUUACCUGGCCUUGGACUAACUGGGACUUUGGGCUAUCUGCUACAAAGCUUGUCAUCUCUGACAAACCUAGAUCUGAGUAACAACAAUCUUGGUAACACCAUACCCUACAGCCUUCCUCAAAAUUUGAAGCACUUAAAUCUGGCUAAUAAUAAUUUCAAUGGGGGGAUACCUUAUUCUAUUUCUGAUAUGACUUCACUUGUAGACCUGAAUCUCGGUCACAAUCAGCUGCAGCAAGGACUGACUGUGGACUUUGAAAAGCUUUCUUCCCUCUCUACAUUGGAUGUCUCGUUUAAUUCCUUGACAGGUGACCUACCUCAGACUAUGAGCUCUCUUUCAAGCAUAACCACCAUGAACCUGCAGAGCAAUCAGUUUACAGGCACCAUUGAUGUCCUUGCUAAUCUCCCUCUUGAGACUUUGAAUGUCGAAAACAAUCAUUUUACCGGCUGGAUACCACAACAGCUGAAAGGCAUAAACCUACAAACGGGUGGUAAUACAUGGAGCUCGGGCCCUGCACCGCCACCUCCUCCGGGGACACCUACGGUUACAAAAGGCAACCGAGAUCACAAGUCUGGUGGGCAUAGCACCUCAUCAGGUGCUGGCACAAGUGAUGGAGGCAAAAAAUCUGGUAUUGGAGGUGGUGGCAUUGCUGGAAUAAUUAUCUCUAUCCUAGUUGUUGGGGCGAUAAUAGCAUUCUUUCUGGUAAAGAGAAGAUCCAAGAAGUCAAUUUCAGAUGUGGAAAAGCUUGAUAACCAGCCUUUGGCUCCUCUUACUUCAAAUGAAGUACAUGAAAUGAAUUCCAUGCAAACUUCUAGUGUGAUUGACUUGAAGACGUUUGAUACUUCUGCGGCCACAAUCAGUCUUAAACCCCCGCCUUUUGAUCGUCAUAAAUCAUUUGAUGAGGAUGAGUUUUCAAAGAAGCCAGCAAUUGUCAAGAAGACCAUAACUGCUCCAGCAAAUGUGAAAUCAUAUUCUAUAGCUGACCUGCAGAUUGCGACUGGAAGCUUCAGUGUGGACCAACUUCUUGGUGAGGGGUGUUUUGGACGUGUAUACCGUGCUCAAUUUGAUGAUGGAAAGGUUCUUGCUGUGAAGAAGAUAGAUUCAUUGGUCCUUCCCAAUGAUUCGUCUGAAGAUUUUGUAGAACUAGUUUCAAACAUCUCCCAUCUGCAUCAUCCCAAUGUGACAGAGCUUGUAGGUUAUUGUUCAGAGCAUGGACAACACCUCCUAGUCUAUGAGUUUCAUAAAAGUGGAUCACUGCAUGACUUCCUCCACCUACCUGAUGAGUAUAGCAAACCAUUAAUAUGGAAUUCACGUGUCAAGAUUGCAUUGGGGAUUGCACGUGCUCUAGAGUACUUACAUGAAGUUUGUUCACCAUCAGUUGUUCAUAAGAAUAUUAAAUCAGCCAACAUAUUACUUGAUGCUGAUAUUAAUCCUCAUCUUUCAGACAGUGGAUUGGCCAGCUAUAUUCCUGGUGCAAACCAGGUGCUAAUGAAUAAUGCUGGAUCUGGAUACGAAGCUCCGGAAGUUAGCUUGUCUGGUCAAUAUACUCUCAAGAGUGAUGUAUACGGCUUUGGAGUUGUCAUGUUGGAGCUUAUUAGUGGACGGAAACCAUUUGAUAGCUCAAGAUCAAGGUUUGAGCAGUCUUUGGUUCGAUGGGCAACACCUCAACUCCACGAUAUUGAUGCAUUGGCUAAAAUGGUUGAUCCUGCAUUAGAAGGGCUAUACCCUGUUAAGUCUCUUUCUCGAUUUGCUGAUGUCAUUGCUCUUUGUGUUCAGCCGGAACCUGAAUUCCGACCACCUAUGUCAGAAGUGGUUCAAGCACUGGUUCGAUUAGUGCAACGAACUAACAUGAGCAAGCGGACACAAGGAGGAACCCCAAGAGCGGGUGAUGUUCCAGACACACAAGACUUCUAAAUGGGAACAAAAUCCUUGUGUUGAUAGAAUGGCUAAAAAAGGAAAAUAAUGUUCACCUUAUUUUCAUCAUUUCUUUUUUUUCUGAGUUAGAUUAAUUAUACCGUUGAUCAUUGAAGCUGGACAACUGUUGAUGUAUAUUUCUGAGCGAUUUCUUUUAUUGGUGAUAAAAAUUUCAAUAAUUUAUCCGUUUGUAAAAUUGAAUCUGGACGGUAGCCAUUUUGUUGUAAUAACUAGGAAUCAUAACAAGAUUUUUAUACUAUUGUUAUUAUAUUUAUGGGUGCAAUUUUUAUUUA